AUGCGCAGUGCGGUACUUCUCCUGGUCGGCGCCCUCUGGGUGGGACUCUCGGACUCGGCACCUCGAACACAGCUUCAGCAGGGGGAGGACGUGUUUGUCACUGUGGAGACGGGUGCCCUCAGGGGCGUUGUGUCGACGUCGCUCAACGGCACCCUCUACAGCAAGUUCGUCGGCAUCCCCUUCGCCACCCCGCCGCUCGGUGACCUCCACUUCAGGAAAGGUCGUGGCUCUGAGUACUGCCUGUACGUCAACUUGUACGUGCCCCUGGUGAACGACAGCUCUCCACUGGCCGUGAUGGUCAACAUCCACGGUGGCGGCUACACGACGGGUUCCUCUAGAUUUAGAAGGCCUGAUUUCUUCAUGGACAAGGGCGUUCUGGUGGUCACUUUCAACUAUCGCCUCGGUUCCAUUGUUUUCCUGAGCCUGCAGAACGACGACAUCCCUGGCAACGCUGGCCUCAAGGACCAGGUGUUCGCCCUACAGUGGGUGCAACGCAACAUUGACGCCUUCGGCGGCGACCCGGACAAGGUCACCAUCUUCGGGGAGAGCGCAGGCGGCUCCUCCACGUCACACUUGUUCCUCUCCCCGGCUACGAAAGGUCUGUUCCGUCGAGCGAUCAUGGAGAGCGGCGUAGCAAACGGCAACUGGAGCGUGGAGCAGACCCCCAGAGAGAAGGCGUACCGCCUGGCGGCGGCGCUCGGCUUCCAGACGCAGGGCGACAACGACUCGGCCGUCGUUGCCUUCCUGAGGGCCGCCGACCACACAGACCUCACCAGGGACAACAGCCAGGCCCUCUCAGACUUCGAGAAGCGAGGCCGCAAGGGAAUCGCCUUUUCGCCUGUCAUUGAGCCGCAGUCGGACACCGCGGUGGUCACCGGGUCUCCAGGGGACAUCCUGAGGCAGGGCCGCUACAACCAGGUCGCCGUCAUGACGGGCGUCACCUCUGCAGAUGGAAGCGUCAUUGUUGAAUGGAUGAGACAUUUCACGGGCAACGCACAUGUUGUUGCAGCGUCCGGAAUGCAGACAGACGAAGCCUACGCAGCGGACAUAGAGAGCUUCACACUGCUGGUGGGCUCCCAGCUGCCGUUACCAACUGUGGAGCAACAAACCGAAGCGGCAGUAAAGGUGGAGGAUUUCUACUUUGGAGAAGAAGGGUUCUCCGUGGACAAUACCCAAGCUGUUUACGACAUGCAUCAAGCCAACAAAGUCAUAAAUUUGUCAACGAGGGCAUCACGUUAUGUCAUCCAAGUGGUGGGUAACAGGUUGGUGGCCGAAACUUGGGGCAGUAUAUCAGCAACAUUUUGUGCGUGA